AUGGCAACAUCGUUCUCAGCUCUGAUGAUUUUCCGCAACUUCUUCUUCCAGAACCAUGCCAGCUUGUUGUCUCUCCAUUAUUUCCACACUACCAGAGGCUCUCUGCGGCGCGUGUGCCCGGCGCUGGACGCUUCUGUCCGUCGACCUGCGCACCACAUCAGCUCCGAGCAAGACGACACACGCAAUCCUCGUUCCCGACACGCCAUCCUGCCGCGGCAACUAUUUACCAUCCUCGUCGCACUGCGUAGUCCAUCUACUUCUCGCGGUUCCAUCCUCUUCCUGCCAUCGCCGGCAAUGGCGAAUCCCGGCGCCGGAGCGGCCGCGUCUCGCAUGGCGCUGCUAGCGCUGCUGCUCGUCGCCGUCUUCGCGGGGUCCUCCCUCGCGCAGGCUCCAGGCAACCGCACCGAGGCUGCGGCGGCGGCGGCGCGGACGUGCAAGUACACGGUGAAGGUGAAGACGAGCUGCGCGUCGCCGGCGCGGACGUCGGACGCGGUGAGCGUGGCGUUCGGUGACAUGUACCGCAACGAGGCGUACGGCGCGCGGCUGCCGGGCGGCGGGAGGGCCUUCGAGCGCUGCGGCGCCGACACCUUCCACGUCAACGGCGCCUGCGGGUACGGCGUCUGCUACCUCUACCUCCGCCGCGCCGGCCGCGACGGCUGGGCGCCCGAGUGGGUCCAGGUCGCCGAGCCGGCGGGGCCUGGAGCCGGGGAGAGGCCCGCCACGUUUCGCUUCGGCGAGCCGCUGACGGACAAUGUGUGGUACGGCCACAACCGCUGCCCCAAGGCCGCGCGCACGGCGGCGGCGAGGACGAACACCUCCUCGAUUGAUGCUGCUUCACCUCUAGGCUAGGCGAGCUGGUUCGGCUCUACUCACUAGUAACCAGGCACAUCCAGAGUUCCCUUCCUGUAUGUAAUUGGCAUCCACCGAGAAUAAUAAU